GAUCAUGGCUCUUGGUCUGAUGCUCUCUGUCCAGUGUGCACUGGUACCCUGCCGUGCGUCUUUAAGAAGAAAAUGAAUUUGAGCCCCUCCGCGCUGACGUAAGGGAAUUGGAGAGGCUGUACCCUGCAGGAAGAGGCAGAUAACCGUGAUGAGGACCAGGCAGGGGUACCGGAUUUCUGUCCUCUCAGCCAUUUGACGUAGUUUCACCUUUUUUUUUUUGUAACCCACAAAUCCAGAGAUAAGCUGGAUUCCUUUGAGUUUUUGCGCCAGCACAGCGGUGCCGAUUUCAGACCUCCGCCCUUUUUUCCUGAACUCUCACGGAUUUCAUCCCUCAUUUCUUUUGCUCCUAAAGAGGGUCGAGAUGUUCUGUCGGGAAGUACGAAAGUCUGGACGUACGCGGAUGAACUAGAAUGACCCCGGAUAUUUUCUGUGGCUUGAGACUGAUGUGAUUUUCUCAGCAUCACUGUUUGGUUGGAAAGGAAAAAAAAAAUGCACCAUAACCAGGAGGAGCAGUCGGUAAAUCCAAUUACUGCGCAGCACGGGACGGCGCACCACAGUGACUCCAACAGCCUGGGGACCAGCUUAGUCUGUGGCCUCAAUGACCUCCAACCACCUGCUUACUCUAAAUUGGAGUUCAAGAAAAAUGCAGUGACAGAUGAUUAUAAAGUCACAGCUCAGGUUCUGGGUUUGGGAAUCAAUGGCAAAGUACUGGAAUGUUAUUGCAAGAAAACAGGAGAGAAAUGUGCCCUCAAGAUCCUGUAUGAUACACCUAAAGCCAGACGGGAGGUUGAGCUGCAUUGGAGAGUUUCCGGAGGUCCCCACAUUGUGCCAAUACUCAGCCUGUAUGAGAACAUGCACCAGGGGAAGAAAUGUCUCCUCAUCAUAAUGGAGUGUAUGAAGGGAGGAGAGCUGUUCAGUCGCAUUCAGGCCAGAGGAGACCAGGCCUUCACGGAGAGAGAGGCGUCAGAGAUCAUGCAUGACAUCGGCACGGCCAUAGAGUACCUCCACCUCAUGGACAUUGCUCAUAGGGAUGUAAAGCCUGAAAACCUGCUCUAUACCACCAAGGAGAGUAACGCCACGCUCAAACUGACUGACUUUGGCUUUGCUAAGGAGACGACGCUGCACAACUCCCUCCAAACUCCCUGUUACACUCCAUACUAUGUUGCCCCAGAGGUGCUUGGGCCAGAGAAAUAUGACAAGUCAUGUGACAUGUGGUCUUUAGGCGUAAUCAUGUACAUUCUUCUGUGUGGUUUUCCUCCUUUCUACUCAAACACAGGUCAGGCCAUCUCUCCGGGCAUGAAGCAGAGGAUCAGAUUGGGCCAGUAUGAGUUUCCUAAUCCUGAGUGGGCUGAUGUGUCUGAGGAAGCCAAACAGCUCAUCAUUCAGUUACUGAAGACAGAGCCCAAUGAGAGGAUGACCAUCGGACAGUUUGUGAACCAUCCUUGGAUUAGUCAGUCAAUGGUGGUGCCUCCAACACCGCUCCACACCUCUCGUGUUUUGACAGAGGACAAGGAGCUGUGGGAUGAUGUGAAGGAGGAGAUGACCAGUGCCCUGGCCACCAUGCGCGUUGACUAUGACCAGGUGAAGAUCAAAGACUUGGACAUGUCCAGCAACCCUCUGCUCAACAAGAGGCGAAAGAGGCCCAUGCCUGAAUGACCCGACACAGGAGGAGGUGUGUAAUAGUGACAGAGAAGAAACAUUUUCUGAAGAGCAUGGGGAAAUUAUUAUUUGACAAAAAAAAGUAGUAUUAAUCUAUGAAAGUCAGGGUGAGCAAUAUUUUCCCAUCUUAAUGUCACUUCUUCUAUUUUACUCACUUUUUAUAUCACUGCACUCGAAAGUCUAAUAAAUGUCAUUUAUUUCAAUCGUUACUACUACUUAAUAUGUGAAAUAAAGUUUUGUUUUUUAUGUUUUA